AAACGCAUCAAACGUGUUGUUAUUGCCAUUGUUAAAACUAGAUGAGGCACGGUGGCCAGGAUGGUGUAGGGGGCAGUCCGGGAGGCGGGUGGUUCCCUCCCUUGUGUACCCUGUGUCCGCAGCAACAGGCCUCCUUUGUGGCGUGUAGCUCAACCCACACCGUCCACGAAGACACACUUUAGACGAGCUACACGUUUCCUAUUCAGUCCUCAAGAAGACACCGCAGCAUGGCCAAGCGGCUGGCCCAGGUGGGCGUGGAGAACACGGAGGAGAACCGCCGCCAGUACCGGCAGAUUCUGUUCAGUGCCGACGAGCGGAUCAACGCGUGCAUCGGCGGAGUGAUCUUCUUCCACGAGACGCUUUACCAGCACUCGGACGGUGGCGUGCCCUUCGUCAAGAUGAUCCGCGACCGCGGCAUCCUGAUCGGUGUCAAGGUGGACAAGGGCGUCGUUCCAUUGGCUGGCACUAGUGGGGAAACCACCACACAGGGCCUGGACGGGCUGUCCGAGCGAUGCGCCCAGUAUAAGAAAGACGGCGCCUCCUUCGCUAAGUGGCGCUGCGUGCUCAAGAUCAGUGACACCAAUCCCUCGAGCUUGGCCAUCACGGAGAACGCUAACGUCCUGGCGCGCUACUGCAGCAUCUGCCAGCAGAAUGGAAUCGUGCCCAUCAUCGAGCCGGAGCUGUUGCCCGACGGCGAUCAUGACCUGAAGCGCUGCCAGUAUGUCACUGAGAAGGUGCUGGCCGCGGUCUACAAGGCCAUGUCGGACCACCAUGUGUACCUGGAGGGCACCCUGCUCAAACCCAACAUGGUGACCCCCGGACACGCCUGCUCCACCAAGUACAGCCCGGAGGAGGUAGCCAUGGCAACGGUCACCGCCCUGCGGCGCACUGUUCCACCGGCCGUUACAGGAGUGGCUUUUCUCUCUGGAGGGCAGAGCGAGGAGGAGGCCUCGGUGAACCUCCACGCCAUCAACACCUGCCCGCUGGCCGCGCCCUGGGUCCUCAGCUUCUCGUACGGCCGCGCCCUGCAGGCCUCUGCCCUCCGGACGUGGCGGGGCCACAAGGAGAACCAGAACGCUGCCACGGAGCAGUUCAUCAAGAGGGCUGAGGUGAACAGCUUGGCGUGUCAGGGGAAGUACACCGGGGGGGAGAAUGGCGGCGAGCGCGGACCACACCUGUACGGGCCCGGUCAUGCGUACUGACCCCUCCCUGGAACAGCCUGUGUGCUCUCAGCUGCACCAACUCUACUGCAUGGUCCACCACCCCUCCCCUGUUAACUCCUCCAGGAGAUCUGUAGUGUGGUGCUUUAGGGAUUUAAAAAAUGUGCCAAUAGCUUGGCAUAGCUAACAAUGGAUUGUCAGAAAAUAAUCGAAUGCGAGGAAACUGGUUUGAUGAACACUGACAUGGAGGUUUAUAGAUUUGAUCCAAGCGCAAUGAGACUCCUGGUUUUGCCCGUUGGUUAAAUGUUUGAAAGCAUGCAUGAUCCGUUCAUAUUAACUAUUGACUAUUGUAUGGAUACAAAUGUUGCAGUAUGAAUAGUUUCUUUAUUGUGUAUAUCUAAUUGUAGUGCAAUAGCAACCACUGUGUGUAUUGUGUAUAGUAGGCUCACCAUUUAACUCGGCUGCCUUUAAACAUUUUGCACAUUUUGCAAGCUUUUAUGUAACCUUUGUCUAUAAGUUGCUGGUUUAGUUUGCACUGAAAAUAUAAAUAUUAUUGAUAUCCAUGUGCACCUGAAAACAAAACAAUAAAUACUGUUCAC